AUGGUUAAGGUUUGCGUUUUAGGUGCAUUUGGAGGCAUUGGACAACCUUUGUCUCUGUUAUUAAAGAUAAACCCUUUUAUUAACGAAUUAUCUUUAUAUGAUAUAGCAGAUUGUCAUGGAAUAGGCACUGAUCUAUCACAUAUCAAUACAAAGAGUAUCACCAGGGGAUUUGAUAAAAAUGGGAUAAGGGAGGCAUUGAAAGGUAGUGAUAUAGUAGUAAUACCUGCAGGCAUGGCAAGAAAGGAAGGCAUGACCAGAGAUGAUCUAUUCAAAGUGAAUGCCGGCAUUAUGAAGACUCUGUGUUUACAUAUCGGACAAGUGUGUUCGAACAAUGUGAAAGUAUUGAUUAUAUCUAAUCCAGUCAAUUGUUUGGUUCCUGUGGCCAUUGAGACGUUCAAAAAACUGGGUAAGUUGCGGUUAGAAAAUGUUAUUGGUAUCACGAUGCUAGAUGUGAUUAGAGCAGAGACAUUUUUAAGGCAGCAUCUAUGUGAAUUGGGUGAUAGGGAAAACGAUCCAUUGGAACAUGAAAUUAUCAGUGUUGUCGGAGGCCAUUCAGGGACGACUAUUAUUCCUCUUAUAAUGGAUAAGAGAAUUAUCAAAUUCUUAGGGGUGGAAAGAUAUCAUGAUUUGAUUAGAAGAAUUCAGUUUGGUGGGGACGAAGUCAUAAAAGCCAAGAAAAGCAGCGGAUCUGCAACUUUAUCUAUGGCAUAUGCAGCAGAUGAAUUUAUUAGUAGUAUGAUAUCUAGCAUGGUGGUAGUGGUAAAGGAUGCUGAGAGGAUAGAGUACCGUAGAAGACAAAAAUAUAGAUACCUUCCUGGCUAUGUUUAUCUUCCAAGUGUGAAAGGCGGGCUUGCUUUGAAACGUCGGCUAAGACAGGUUGCUCAUUUGGACGUUGAUUAUUUUGCAGUACCAUUAAAAUUCAAGAAUGGGUCGAUUAGUCAUAUAGAUUUGAAUGUGUUAAAUAAUCUAUCACAAGAGGAGAUUGAAUUGUUAAGAAUUGCUAUAGGACCGUUACAAGCUAAUAUCAAAAAGGGAGAAAAGUUUGUUAGAAAUACUGCGAAGAUGUGA